AUGAUGCCGGCCGCCCCAAGCGUGGCCGUGAUGACCGUCGGGAUGCUCCCCACACCUCCUCGGAUGGGUUGCGCCGCGAGGCAGACCUGCGCCAGCAGCUUUCCUCCGCCCUCGAGCCUCGCCGUUCGCCGUCGGUCCCCCGCCCGCGAGCCCCAUCGUUCGUCGGCGCGCACAGAGCGUCGCUCCCCGGACCGCGACCACCGCUCCCCUGCUCGCCGUGCCUCCCCUCGGGACCACCCUCGUUGGCCUGUGGAGGAGCAGUGGCGCUCCUCCCAGCGACACUCGCCGUCCCCUCCCCAGUGCCGGAGCUGCUCCCCCACCCCCCCAGGACUUCAACAGCAGCAAUUCGGCACCUCUCAAGCUACUCGCCGGUACCAAGCACCACAAAAUCAGCCUUCCUUCCCCCCGGCCAAUGGUGGCAAUGGCAACCGCGGGCGCCAAGGAGCUAAGAAGAAGAAGAAGAAGGGGCCGGCUCGCCCGCCCGCUCCCGCCACAUCCACCGCGUCGGCCCCACCUGUGGACACCGGUGCUCCGCGUGACUCCCCACCGUGCUUCAACUGUGGGCUCAUCGGGCACUUCCAGGUCGCGUGCCCCAACCCGCCGAUGUGCUAUCUCUGCAAGGACUCCGGCCACCCCGCGGUGCUUGCCCGGAUCGGCCGGUGA